UAUCACGCAAAAUGUGGCUAUGAAUGAUUUUUUUUUGCAAAACGUUGGUUUGAAGCAGAAACACGUGACAGGAUUCAGGCCGGACGGCGUGAAAGAUUGAGCGUGCUGUCCGGAGUAUUUCACCAGUAUCUGUAAUCCUUUUUCUCCGGUUUAACCCCUUUCAACUUUCCUAAGCAAGCCUAGAUUCUUUUUCCGUCUACAUGGGUGGUGGAUUUUUCGAACCUGCCUUCGAGGAAAAAGCUGUACAGUUCACGAGACAGCACAUGAUCGAUCGCCGAACCUUCGCCGCAUCAGACAUCUUGUGAAUCGCCGGCCGAAGCCCUUCUCCAGAAGAGAGCCAAAGGGAGAGCAGCGAGUUGUUGUCGUCGCCCUUUCCCAUCUGCGCGACGAAGCAGGAAGAGGAGGGGAAAGGUUGGUGGUAGGGGUGAGGUCCGUGUGGUCACAGGAGGAGGCGGCGGAAGAGGAAGAAGAGGCUGCCUGUCCUGUCAUCGGAUAGGGAAAUGGGUCAGCCUCCUUGGUGAUGGCAUUGCCCUGCGCCGAUCGAGUUGCUGUUGACCGAUGGCGAGCGAAAUAUUUGUCUGGCUUCUCUCUUUCUUCACCCUCAUUGCUGUCCUGGCGAUGGUCAUCUAUCAGCUUAUGUGUUUGGCAGAUCUGGAAUAUGAUUACAUUAACCCUUAUGAUUCAUCAUCGCGGAUAAACAGCGUCGUCCUUCCAGAGUUUGUGGUUCAAGGACUGUUGGGCCUAUUCUUCCUUUUCACAGGGCAUUGGGUUAUGUUCCUUCUUUGCAUGCCGUAUCUGUACUAUAAUGUAAAAUUGUAUAUGCAGAAGCAGCAUUUGGUAGAUGUCACAGAGAUAUUUAAUCUGUUGCAUCGGGAAAAGAUGCGAAGGCUCUUUAAACUUGCAUAUCUAUGUAUUCUUCUCUUCAUGUGCAUAUUCUGGAUGAUAUGGAGUGUGUUGGAAGACGAUAAUGUUGCAGAAUAAGUUGUCUCAUGGAGGUCUUUGCUCUUUUUGAAGUGAUAAGCAUCCGUUGAGUAUGAUUUAGCACGGAAUUGUAGCGUAUUUUUAUCUUUUUCUGGUUUGGAACACUUAACGUCUCUGAAUAUGUUUGAUAAGAUGACUCAGGCUAAAAAAUGGUCUGCUUGUUAUUUGCUACCGUACUUUAUGGAGUCUAGCGUUUGGACGUGUUUAUUUUGUGUCCGUGCGAAUCAUUCACAGUUCUGUUCAGAUUCAACGUUGGUAUUUUAUCAAUUUAUGUGAUUUGAUUGACUUGUCAAA